GCUUUCUAUUUCUUAUCUGUGUAAUGCCACAAUGGCGGAUAGCGGCGCGAUUGCCGCUAAUGUUCUUUUUUGUUGAGUGAAACAUAAUUAGUUUUGUCUUUCCAACACGAUAAGAUACAGCGUUUUGUCCAGCAGGUUACUAUAAGUAAAGUUUUAUAAUAAGAACUAUAACCAUUUUAUCGUUUCAUGGUAAUUUUGUUGUGCAUCGUUCUUGACACAAGCUAAGCAGUCAUCAUUGUCAUCCACGGCGUUUUACCAUGGCCGAGUAUCUAGCUGCUAUCUUUGGUACAGAAAAAGACAAGGUCAACUGCUCCUUUUAUUUCAAAAUUGGAGCUUGCCGUCAUGGAGACAGGUGCUCUCGGAUUCAUAACAAGCCAACUUUCUCGCAAACAGUGUUGCUGCAAAACCUUUAUGUGAAUCCUCAAAACUCUGCAAAGUCUGCCGAUGGCAGCCAUUUGGUCGUAGCAAAUGUGUCCGAUGAGGAGAUGCAGGAACACUACGACAAUUUCUUUGAAGACGUUUUUGUAGAAUGUGAAGACAAAUAUGGAGAGAUUGAGGAAAUGAAUGUUUGUGACAAUUUGGGGGAUCACUUAGUCGGGAAUGUUUAUAUUAAAUUUCGUCGCGAAGAAGACGCAGAGAAAGCUGUGAAUGACCUCAACAAUCGCUGGUUUGGCGGCCGCCCCGUGUACGCGGAGCUGUCCCCCGUCACGGACUUCCGCGAGGCUUGCUGUCGCCAGUACGAGAUGGGCGAGUGCACCCGCUCCGGCUUCUGCAACUUUAUGCACCUCAAGCCUAUCUCUAGGGAACUCAGGAGAUACCUGUACUCGCGGCGCAAGGGCGGACGGCGGUCGCGCAGCCGCUCGCGCGAGCGCCGGCCGCGCCGCUCGCGCAGCCGCGAGCGCGGCGCCGGCGGCAGGAGGGAGCCCCCGCGCAACUCGCGCUCCGGCCGCUACUGACCCGCCGCCGCCGCCCGAGAUACGCACGGCCCUCGCACUGAGCCGCAGCUGGCCGGCGGGCCACUCCCGCGUAGAUCUCGAUCGACGUGUGGCCGGCCGUGACACGUCGCCCGCCGCCCGCUGCGACUCCCGACGUCGCCCGAAGAUCGACUGACAGUGUUUGUGACCGUUUGGUGUGUGUGAAAAACAUCUUUCAUCGGAUAUUUUAAGUUUUUUACGUGUAACGUUUAAACGUGUCACAGUCAUGAAGUACAGUCGCCAUCAGAUAUAUAGGAGCGGCCGAGGUGCUCACAAAUAUCUGAACACGCCUCUAUUGGAAGGCGUUAGAGUAUGUGUUCAGAUAUUUUUGAGCACCUCGGGCAGUCGAUAUAUCUGAUGGUGACCUAAGUCUAAACAGAACGACCACCAAAAUUUAAUAUUGACACUUCUCAUCAUGCCAAUAAUCUGUUUAGGGUUAGCCUCAAAUAAAAAAAAUAAUGUGUUUAAUUUUUUUUUUACAUUAUUUGGUGAUGCGUGUCGGGGGUAGUGCGAAAAAAUAUUGUCAAUAGCUUAAUUGUUUGCUUGAUGUUGACAUAAUUACAUCCUACUUGUAGUUCUACUAGAAAAAAUUCCCCAAACUAUUUCAAAAAUGCAUCGCGACAAAAUAAUGCCGGGAUAAUGCUAAGAAUACAAUUUUCUUCUUCUCCUGAGCCUAUUUCCCAUGUCUCUUGGGAUCCGUAAACGCCACUCUGGGCGUUUCUGUGUCGUUCCGGAUUUUAAAUCCGUCAUCUUACGAAAUGAUCCCCAUCCAAAUUAUCCAAAUUAAUGGUCGGUCAGCAUUGCCUGGGCCAUUCUUAACCUUUUGAACUUCUCUCUCGCAUCAAAAUAUGGCAUACACCUUAUCUGUCAACAGUAAAAUUGCUUUGACAGCGUCUGCCAUAACCACUUGGUCCUUGGCGUGGUAAGCAUGACAACACACGACCACUUUAGUGGCUCUUGGCGUUAAGAAGACAUUACAAAAAAGACAUACAAAUACCUAAAAGUUACAUUACUUUGUGUAAAACAUCAAACAAAACAACUAAGCUACUGAUGUUCAAAAGAGUCUUCAAAGCAGUGGUUACUGAUGUGCACACUGCAAUAUCGCACUAAGAUAAAUAAUCUUAUCUUAUUUUGCCUUGUCUUUUAUUAAGAACCUGUCUGUCAAAGUGUGGUAUUGCAGUACAGUCAGCAUCAAUAGUAGCGGAUAAAACAACGCGCCAAAAGUAUCUGAUAUCCCGAAUAAUUUUUCAGAAUAAUAGAUAAGUCUUUAAAAUUCACAUUCAAAAGUAUAUUUUUUAUAGUCUUAAUUAGUCUACAUAUAACCAUCACUUUUUGUUCGGAAAUCAGAAAUCAUUUAUGGCGAGCCAUGGUACAUAGUUAUUACAUUUAAAUUAUAGAAACACAUGGCACCCUGAAAAGGGUAUUGCAAGUAUUCUUAUAGCGAGCUAGGACUAAAGUUAUUAAAUAUAGUAGUACCCAUUUAUGAUUUGUUAAGCUGUUACAGAAUGGUAAACUUUGGUUUUUUAUUGCGUGGAAUUCUGACGUUUCCAGGUGAUACCAGGCAUAAAAAUACUCCUUAAAUUUGUGGUGAGAAUUACAAGCCAGCCAGAAUUAAUUAUACUUUAUUCGUGAAAACAAAGAUAGUGUUAUUUUAAAGUGCAUUAUUUGGAUAUGAGAAAAUACUAGGUAUUUUUCUGGGGUGAAAAAUAAUUGUUACUGGUAUCAUUCUAAUGACUUUCAUAUAUCACAAACCUUUGGUCUAAAAUUAUGUUUUUAACUUUUUAUACUUUGUACUAUCUCGUCUUGUUUUAAAAAAAAGGCACGUUAGGUCGGGUCGCUGUGUUCCACUUCAUCUAUGGCCGCCGUUCACCGCUGCAGCCGCCGCAAGAUGUCUUGGUCGAGCCGUGAGAGUGUUCUCCUUAGACCUACCCUCCAUUUCAAAGAAAUUACAAAAUUGUUUAUGUCACGACCCGUGUCAUUCGUCUUUCAACAGUUUGAACGUGCAAAUAUGUUUGCUCUCCUUUGUCCAUGUUUUUUAAUAUAACUCAUGCAAGAAAUAACUAAAUAUAAUAAUAAUUGACUAUAAUAUGUACAAUAAAAAAAGGUUUACUAUCCCUGAAACGUCAAAUUAUGACAGCUGUCAGAAUUCCACGCAAUAAAAGAUGAGAGAUUAGAUUUUUUUUUCUUAGAUAUUUUUGAAGCGUUGUUUGAUCCGCUACUUUUGAUGCUGACUGUACCUAUCUAAGAUAGUUUAUACUUGUGUAAGAGAUUGUCACAUUAAAUAAUAACGAUAAGUAUUCA